AUGAAGCUCCUUCCUCUUCUUUUUGCCACUGCUUUGGCUCAAUUGACCCUAAAAAACGACAAUGUGGUGUACGAUUCCAACCCACCUUCCCUCUCGGAGAUGUGGGAUGGACUCUGGCCAUUCCAGGGUAUCAAUACUUUUGCCCAUUUGGACCAUAAAGUUUGUUUGACUCAACCCGAUGAAAUUUACGAUUUUGCCAUAAUUGGUGUUCCAUUCGAUACGGCAGUGCUGUAUCGCCCAGGAGCCAGAUUCGGUCCCAGGGCCAUUCGGGCUGCUGCUCAGCGCCAAACCUCUCUUCGUGGCUACAAUCAACGAGCCAAUUUCAAUCCUUAUACUUCAUGGGCCAAAGUACUUGAUUGUGGAGAUAUUCCAGUUACACCCAUGGAUAACCACCUUGCAUUCAAGCAGAUGGACCUAGCAUUCGAAGAGUUGAUUCUCCGUCGAAACUCGAGCUCCAAAGCUCCCCCUCGUUACAUAGCUUUGGGAGGAGAUCACUCUGUGCUCUUGCCACAUUUAAGAGCACUUAAAAAGGCAUAUGGUCCUCUUAAUGUGAUCCACUUUGAUGCCCACCUUGAUACGUGGUCGCCAGACAAGUAUCCUUCGUUCUGGCAUUCGGACCAGUCGGAAAUAACCCAUGGUUCCAUGCUCUGGACUGCGUUCGAAGAAGGUCUCACCACCAACACAAACAUCCAUGCUGGAUUGCGGACCAAACUUUCCGGACUUGAAGACUACGAGGACGACGACAAGCAGAACUUUGUCAGGAUCUACGCAGACGACAUUUGGAUUGACGGGGUCCAGUCGGUUAUCGCCAAAAUCAAUGCCACCAUUCCGGCCGAUACUCCCACCUAUAUAUCUGUUGAUAUCGAUGUGCUUGAUCCAGGAUUUGGUAGUGGUACCGGUACCCAGGAGCCUGGCGGAUGGUUACCCCGUGAGCUCAUCUAUGUGUUGAGACACAUCGACCAUCUUACCAUAGUUGGCGGAGAUGUGGUUGAGGUUUCUCCAGCUUUUGAUAAUGCUGAAAUAACUGCUACCAAUGGCGCUCAAGUAGCGUACGAGCUCUUGACGUCCAUGGUCAAGAAAGGAAGAGUGGAUCUGCUCGUGCAGAGAGAAGAAGCUACACCAAUCAUCAAGUCGUCCGAGGUGGAACUAACUCUUGAAGAACGUCUCACUUCGGAAAUCAGACAACUCAAGAACAUGCAAGCAUUGUUUAACUAG